UGAUUAAUAUUAUAUUAAAUAAUACGUUUAAGUAUGACAACUAGAGCUGUUAAACCAAAUCUCUAACACUCCUUCAACAAAUUGGGUUGUUACGCAUUAUAUGUAAUAAUAAUUAGAAUUUACAUUUCUAAUUUGCCCAAUCGUUGACAGUCUUAAUCACUUUGCAUUUUAUCACAAAUAAACAUAUUAAUUUACGAAAAGAAACACAUCGUUUAGUCCUUCAGGAGUUCAACAAACAGCAUGGUAAGGCCUAAGGGUUGUUGGCUAAAUAGGCUACUUUUUGUCAGAGAUAAAUAAAAUUAUUACCUUUUAGCAAAAUUGAUCAAUUUUCAGAAUUUAUUGUUACUAAAAAUUUGAGAGGGGUUUCACUUUAUUUUGUCAAGGCCUUCCUCACGUUUGUGACAUUGCAAUUAUAAUAUAAGAUAACUAGAGGGCAGCAAAAACUUAACAUUUGUCAGCAAACUUCAAGGCAGACGUCACUUGAAUUAAUUUCAUAGACAUAUGUAGAUUAAUACACAAAUAAUAAUAUAAAAAAAAUUCAUUUUUAUUUUUUUGUAGUAAGUUUCUAAAAAACAAGUAUAAAUUCUUCCAUUAUCUGGUAUAAAAUUGAUUAGCUUCUCCAAAAAUAACAGUUACAAUAAAGAGAAUAUGUUGAAUCUUGUGCUAAGAAAUUUGUGUACAGUCUCUUUUAAUGCAUCUAAAGUUCAACUUUGUGUGUCUUCUUUUCUUACUUUAACUGAGAAUGGUUGAAUAGCCAAUGUCUUGUAUGAAAGAGUUUUUAAAAGAGGAUGUGUUCUGAGAAAAAAAACCUUCACAGGAAGCAAAAAAAAAAAAAAAACAACAACCUCGUUCUUCACUUAAUAAAGAUGCUUCUUUGCAUUUUGGGGAGGAGACACCCAAAAUAAGUUUACUUUCCGCUGCCCUAUACCCCACUGAAAGACUGACGAAGAACAAGAGUGCAGUGAAGAAAGCGAAGAUGGCGCAUAGGGCGAACACCAGUGUUCACGUUUGUGACUCUGACUAUGAAUUUUUGGAUGAAGAGGAUCCAUAUGAGAACUUUAGCGUCUUCAAAGAGCCUGCAGUCAGUGGACAGAAGUGCCCUGAAACAAUCAUGAUGCAGAUAAUUAAUGACCAAACUGAUAGUGACUCAUCCACAAGCACGGACGGAUCAUCUGAUUGGGAGUCGAUCAGAUUACCACGGAGGAACGACCGCUCAGCUUCUCCACAAAGUACGCUCUUCUCAUUGCCUAGCUGCACUGCUGCCACUUCAGUGCGAGCUAGACGCUCACAUCAGCUCCACCAUCAGACCUGUCACCCCACUAAGCAGUCAGAUGUGGAGGAAAUCAGAGGUGAAGAUGCAGCAGGUGUCCGUUUUGGUUUGAACAUUUGCUCUAGUGAGAAAAGCAAAGAAGAGCUUGUUUCUAACCUCAAGGGCCUCUCAGUGAGGGAUGCCAUGCAGAAGCUGCGAGCUGCACCACUCAGCCUCACAGACAAGAGGGAAGUAAGGAGACUUGCUUUUAGCAACAAGGCUGAUGGUUCAUUCAACAGAAAUCACAUCACCUCCAACUGUCAUCCUUGUCUGUGUUUUUUAAUCGCGUGGCGUCGCUGCUCCUUCAGCUGCCUCAACAUCCGCAGCUCUCUGAAACUGUGGUCUUCCCCCAUGAAGAAGCUGAGCGGGCGCUUCGGAUCAGGGGUGCUCUCCUAUUUCCUUUUUCUCCGAACCCUUCUUUUCUUUAACCUCCUCCUCUUUGUCACCAGUGGCCUUUUCCUCAUCUUCCCACAAAUCCUCCUUCCUCUUUCACGUCACAAUCAGUCCACGCCUGACACCUUCUCAGGCCUCGAGCUCCUCACAGGCACGGGUUACUUUUCUCACAGUUUGAUGUUUUAUGGUUACUACUCAAACGACGUCAUCAAACCUUGUGGAGCGGCUCCUUUCAAGUCCAGCGGCUCUCAGAAAGUCCACAGGCCUGAUGACUGCCAGACGUUUUCCUACAGCAUACCCUCUGCUUACUUCUGCACCAUUGCAUUCCCCUUCUUCAUCAUCUGCAUCAUCCUGGUGUACAGCAUAUCCAAAUCCUUCGGAAAGAGUUUUCAUGUUCUGAAGUCCAGCAGGAAUCAGGCUGAAAAGGUUUUCUGCUCUUGGGAUCACAAAGUCAGCAAGAAGUCCUCUGUCAGACUUCAGUGCGAGAAAAUCAGCACUCAGAUCAAAGAACAGCUGUCAGAGAUGGUGAGUGGAGAACAGAAGAAGAGCUGCACGCAGCGAUGCUGCGGCCUCGUGGUCCAUGCGAUCGCCUGGGCCACAUGUCUGACCAGCAUUUCCUUAAGUGCCGCUGGGGUUUAUUUUCUGUCAGAGAAAACUAUUAAUCAGGAUCCUGAAGACCCCAAGCUGCUAAUCCUGUCAUCUGUAGUCUCAGGAUUUAACCUGUUAAUUCCCGGCAUCUUCAACGUGUGUGGUUGGCUUGAGAGAUACGAGUCAACCGGCACCGGAGUUUAUGUCUCCAUCUUCAGGAACUUGUUGCUGAAGACGAGUCUUAUUGGAGUGCUGUGUUACCGCUGGCUGUGGAGAAUUGCUGAAAUUCAACAAUUUAAGUGCUGGGAGAGCUUUGUGGGGCAGGAACUUUAUCGACUGCUUUUAAUGGACUUCAUCUUCACGAUUCUUCAUACUUUCCUAGGCGAGUUUGUUUGGAGGCUUUACUCUAAGAAAAUACUUAAAAAGGAGAGAAAACCAAAGUUUGACAUCGCUCGCAACGUACUUGAGCUCAUUUAUGGACAAACUCUGACUUGGCUUGGAGUUCUGUUUGCACCUCUGCUGCCUGCAGUUCAAAUCAUAAAACUAUUUAUCCUGUUUUACAUAAAAAAGAGCAGCCUGAGGCUGAACUGUCAGGCUUCCAGGAAGUCAUGGAGGGCGACCCAGAUGACGUCCUUGUUCAUCACACUUCUGUGGUUUCCCUCGUUUCUUGGUGCUGCCGUAUCUGUUGGAUACACAAUUGGGACAUGACAUUGUGGUCUGUAGUGAGAAGCAAGAAGCAGCUGGAGGAACAUCCGGAGAUGUGGAGAUUAUGAGAAGUUGAUCAGAAGUACUCAGGUUUAACAGUCCAGUGUAACAGAGAUUGCUGUGAGAGAGCUGAAGAGGUGUGUCCAAGCAGGUUGAAACAAAUGGAGAAGGUUUCAGGCGAGAUAUGUGACUGUAGAGUGUCAGCAAGACUGAAAGGAAAGGUGUAGAAGACUGUGGAGAGAGCAGACAUGUUGUUGUUGGAGACUCUGAGAAAGAGACAGGAGGCAGAGCUGGAGGUAGCAGAGACAAAGAUGUUAAGGUUUUUAAGGAGUGAAGAGGAGGAACGGGAUCAUGAAUGAAUCCAUCCGAGAAACAAAUCAUGGUAGAAGUUUUUGAGAUAAAUGCAGAGUGAGGUGUUUUGGAUGCAUUAAGAGCAGGGAAACUAAUUAUUUUGGUAAAAGGGAUGCUGAGGUUAAAGCCACCAUGAAACACUAGAAGAAGACCCAAGAGGAGGUUCAUGGAUGUAGUUAAGGAGGACAUCAUAUACGUAUUUAGAUGAUUCACUCUGCUGUCUCCUGCUGCAGGGAGCAGCCAAAAAGAUUUAGGUCAAGUUCACACACUCUAUGAGCUUAUUAUUUCUAAACCAAAGAAAUACCUGCAACAUGUUAUCAAUCAUAAGAGACCAGAAUAAAUCAAUUUUUUUGUCUUCAAUGAACUCUCAGUAGGAGAUUCAAGU